AUAGCCGACAUUAAUAACUGGAAAACGGAACCUACUUGUGGCGACUGCAAGGACUGCUCUGUAUGCUCGCACUGCAAGUCCGGGCAAGGGGGAUUCAUGCCUUACGAGUUAUCGGGCAUAAUAACAGGGGCGGCUACGUGCUUCUAUGGAUUUAUCGGCUUCGAUUGCGUGGCCACCACAGGGGAAGAAGCCAAGAACCCGCAGAAGUCCAUCCCUAUAGCAAUCAUCGCGUCGCUAACAAUCGUCUUCUUCGCGUACUUCGGCGUUUCCGUGGUGCUCACCACCGUGCUACCGUUCUACGAACAAAAUGCCAAGGCACCGUUCCCGCAUAUGUUUACCGUGAUAGGAUGGGAUUGGGCCAAGUGGUUCGUGACAAUCGGAGCGAUUAGCGGACUGUGCGCCAGUCUAUUAGGUUCGAUGUUUCCAUUGCCGCGAGUGAUUUAUGCCAUGGCUUCAGACGGACUGGUCUUCAAAUGGAUGGGCAACAUAAACUCGCGAUUCCAUACUCCGAUCAUGGGCACGCUUUCUGCUGGGCUACUUACAGGCGCUCUAGCUACGAUAUUUGAACUUGAACCACUGGUUAACAUGAUGAGUAUCUGUACGCUGCUUACAUACUCAAUUGUUGCAGCUUGUGUACUUAUCCUACGAUACGAAGAAAGCGAAGCGUACGAGAAGAAAGGCGAUCGUAAUCCACGGACUUUCAUAUUUACCGUAAAACAACUAGUAAGCGCGAACAAAUUAAAUCACUCUACGAAACUUACAGCGCAGAUCGUUACCGCCCUCGUAUGCUGCUACGUCAUCUUUUGCAUCUGUACGGCCAUUUUGUUAUCAAGGUAUAUAACAGAGAUCGGCGAGGGAAGAGUACUUUUCGUAGUGCCACUUGCAAUUUUAGUCGUUGCACUCGUAUUCACUCUCAGUUUUAUUUAUUUCCAACCAGUCUCCGACAAGAAGCUCUCAUUCUCGGUACCGCUAGUGCCAUUCUUGCCAGGAUUCAGUAUUCUUAUUAACAUUUAUCUUAUGUUUACGUUGGAUGCAAACACAUGGAUACGAUUCUCUGUGUGGAUGGCAAUUGGCUUGGGAGUAUAUUUCUUCUACGGAAUGUGGCACAGUAAUAUACGACAAAAGAAAUUGCCGCCGAGAUUAACUGACAAUGACAGAGACAAGAAUAAUGUCUUUUCCCCUAUUACAUAAUAAAUAGGGACAGACUAUUAUAAUAUCUUAUUGGUAUAUAAUAAUUUAUUAAUUUGACUCAUCAAUUAGAUAAUUUUUAAAAAUAACGUAGUAUUACAUUUAUUAUACUUGGAAAAUAUCCAUUAUAGUCCAAUAAGACUUUAAAAUAAAGAAAGUAUAAGUAUAUUUAUUAUCUGUUCACAUUAGGUUUGAGAAUAUUACACCGAUGUACAAGAUAUAACAAAAAUUUUGAGUGUUUUAAUUAUUAAUAUACUUGAACUUAUGGUUUAUAGAUUCAUAUUUGAAAAGAGGACCAAAAUCAAUGGUCAAAAAA